AUGGCUCAAAAUACCAUUGCACCAUCAGGUUUUGUCGGCGACAAGCUAUCGUCAGCAGAUGCUCAAGCAUGGGCACCUUCUCCGGAUGCAAUGUCCACAUCGAAUGUAAACAUGGGGGUGCCAAAUGAUGGAAAAGGCGUACCAAAUCCAAGUGAAUAUCCAGCUCCAUCAGCUCCUGAUAUCAGUGAAUUACCACCAAACUAUUUCGAUAUAUCCAUUGUACCUAAUAACGUUGUUCUACACUACAAUGAAGUCACACCGUAUACUGAAGCAUCUAAAGCGGAAGUUGAACGAGAUGGAAAAGGUGUUCUCUCAUUUGACCCCUUGAUUGACAGAAACCCUGAUCAGUUAUGGCUGUAUUUCAUGACUUAUUUGAAUGAAAAACCAGCUGUUAGUGUUAAUAUUCACGGUUAUCAUAUUGAGCACUACACUACUUACGAGCAGCACCGUUCAGCUGACGGAAGCUAUCACACACGUCCUGUUCAUCGCACUCGUCAAGUGACUGACUUCAAUUUUGCUUUUGACCUUUCAUCGUAUGUGUCUCAACAAUGGUGGCGUGUCGCAGUGAUUCCUUCAAAUAAAACUGUGAAAGCGGGAGAAACGGUAUCUUUACGAGAUGCUAUAGAGCAAUAUACACGCUCAGAGAGAAAUAUCAAAGAAAUUGUUUGCCAAAAACAAAUCGUCGGAUGGAACUUUCAUGAAUUACAGGAUAAAAUUAAAGCGUUGAUUUAUUCGACUGGCUAUCGAAANUAUAAUUUUUCACAGGCAAAAACUGAUGAUUUUUGA